AAUAGUAUAUAUUCUAGAUUGUUUUCAAUUUAAUCGUUUUUGGUUGGAUAAAGUUGUAGUGACGCACAUCGUGACCCCGCCCCCUUCCAGUCACUUCCUGUAUCCUUCUUUGCUCGGACGCCAUUUUGUCAUUUCGAUUAACAGCAACGAGAUUUUCACCAUGAGCGGAUGUCGUGUGUUUAUCGGCCGGUUGAGUCCUCACGCGCGGGAGAGAGACGUGGAGAAAUUCUUCAAGGGGUAUGGACGCAUCCGGGAGAUCAACCUGAAAAAUGGGUUCGGCUUUGUGGAGUUUGAUGACCACAGAGAUGCGGACGACGCGGUGUACGAGUUAAACGGAAAGGAGCUGUGCAGUGAGAGGGUGACCAUUGAGCACGCUCGCUCUCGCCGGGGUCGAGGAGGUGGAGGAGGAGGUGGUGGAGGAGGAGGAGCAGGCAGCCGUUUCUCUCCACGCUUCGGAGGCUACCGCCAAUCACGCAGUGCAGGAUCCAGGUAUGGGCCUCCCGUGCGUACGGAGCACAGGAUUGUGGUGGAGAAUCUGUCGUCCCGUAUCAGCUGGCAGGACCUGAAGGACCUGAUGAGGAAAGUGGGAGACGUGACAUUCGUGGACGCUCACAGAGCCAACAAGAACGAGGGGGUGGUUGAGUUUGCCUCACACAGCGAUAUGAAGAACGCCAUCGAGAAGCUGAAUGGAACAGAACUGAAUGGCCGCAAAAUCAAGCUGUUUGAGGAUCGAAAGAGGAGCCGCAGCAGGAGUCGCUCUCGCAGCUCCUCCCGUUCCCGCUCUCGUUCACGCUCCAAAUCUGCGAGUCGGAGCCGUAGCCGCGAGGACAAGCGCGACAGCAAGCGUGAGAAGCGCUCUCGCAGCCGCUCUCGCUCAGCCAGUCGCACGCCAGAGAAGAAAACCUCUGCCAAGUCUGAGUCCCGCUCUCGCUCCCGCUCUCCAACUCCCAGGAAACAGUCCCGCUCUCGCUCGGCCUCCACCGAGAGCCAGCAUUGAAAAAGUGUGUGUGUGUGUGUGUGUGUGUGUGUGUGUGAAUGAAAGGGGUGUGUGUAUGAGAGAAUGUGACUUUCAAACCUGCAGGCCGUGUUUGUGUGUUUAUCUUUGCGGAGAGUGAACUUUAUUAACCCUUUGAUUUUUAUUUGAUCUUUCUGUACGGAGCUUUAUUAGAUGUAAAAGUGUACGUGAUGUACACGGGUGCAGCGGAUCAGCAGCGGUCUCUGCUGAUCCACGACACCUGCAGGAGGAAGUGUGUGCUUCUGUGCUUUAGUUUUUGUAGUUGAGAUGUUCAGUAAGAACAGGACCAGAUCUGUGUGUGUGCGCGUGCAAGAGAAUGAAAGGUGUGUGAGUGUUUUCCAUUGUUCUGUACACAUUUAUUUCCACACAGUCGUCAUUGUGUUGUGUUCCUGGUUCUGUAACUGCUAAUGAUUUAUUACAGAAAUAAACUGUGAAUCAGUCCA